GGAUGAGAUGGUUCCGAACCUUCUCGAGCUCCAAUGAAACGCAAUCCCUUCUCUCGUAAAACCCCAUCCGCCUCACCUUCCUAUCUCUCUAUCUGAAUCGCCUGCAGAAACUCUCCCGAGAGACCUAGUCCUAUCCGUUCGAAUCCCAUCGGCAAUGGCUUCCACUUUCUAUGCAAUGUCUACUUUUGGUGCUGUUGCUUCUCCAGGAAACUUUGGAACGGACAAGAAGUUAGCUUCUAGACAGAAGCUUUCUUCUCUUGCUUCUGUAACACCUGGUCUACUUAUCAGCGACAGGAGGCACAGCUUCAGUUCUCUGAGAAGUCGCAACUCUAAGAUUAAUGCUAUGGCCAAGGAGUUAUACUUCAAUAAAGAUGGAUCAGCAAUUAAAAAGCUACAGACUGGUGUAAACAAGCUAGCAGAUCUUGUUGGCGUUACUCUUGGGCCAAAGGGCAGAAAUGUUGUCUUGGAAAGCAAGUAUGGAUCACCUAAGAUUGUCAAUGAUGGUGUUACAGUAGCAAAAGAGGUUGAGCUAGAGGAUCCUGUUGAGAACAUCGGUGUCAAACUAGUUAGACAAGCAGCUGCCAAGACUAAUGAUUUGGCCGGGGAUGGGACAACUACAUCUGUUGUUCUUGCUCAAGGAAUGAUUGCUGAAGGUGUUAAGGUAGUUGCAGCUGGUGCUAAUCCUGUUCAAAUUACCCGUGGUAUUGAAAAAACUGCCAAAGCUCUAGUUGCUGAACUUAAGAAGAUGUCUAAAGAGGUUGAAGACAGUGAACUCGCAGAUGUUGCCUCUGUUAGUGCUGGUAACAAUUAUGAAAUAGGAAAUAUGGUAGCCGAGGCAAUGAACAAGGUUGGGAGGAAGGGUGUAGUUACACUUGAAGAAGGGAAAAGUGCUGAAAACAAUCUGUAUGUUGUUGAGGGAAUGCAAUUUGAUCGAGGAUAUAUUUCCCCAUAUUUCGUGACAGACAGUGAAAAGAUGACUGCUGAGUAUGAGAAUUGCAAGUUGCUUCUUGUUGACAAGAAGAUCACAAAUGCAAGAGAUCUUAUCAGUGUGUUGGAAGAUGCUAUAAGAGGGGGAUAUCCAGUAGUCAUAAUUGCAGAAGAUAUUGAACAAGAAGCUCUAGCAACACUUGUUGUGAAUAAAUUAAGAGGGGCAUUGAAAAUUGCCGCACUAAAAGCUCCUGGAUUUGGGGAGUGCAAAAGUCAGUAUCUUGAUGACAUCGCAAUAUUGACAGGAGCUACUGUGAUCAGAGAUGAGGUUGGUCUCUCCCUGGAUAAAGCUGACAAAGACGUCUUGGGUACUGUUGCCAAGAUUGUACUUACUAAAGAUUCAACCACCAUAGUUGGUGAUGGGAGUACGCAGGAGGAAGUCAAUAAAAGAGUAGCACAGAUCAGAAACCUGAUUGAGGUUGCGGAGCAAGAAUAUGAGAAGGAAAAGCUCAACGAGAGAAUAGCAAAACUAUCUGGUGGUGUUGCUGUCAUUCAGGUCGGAGCACAGACUGAAACAGAACUAAAAGAGAAGAAAUUGAGAGUUGAAGAUGCUCUUAAUGCUACAAAGGCGGCUGUGGAGGAGGGUAUUGUUGUUGGUGGUGGGUGUGCCUUGUUGAGGCUUUCAUCCAAUGUUGAUGCCAUCAAGGAAACUCUUGAAAAUGAUGAGCAAAAGGUUGGAGCAGAUAUAGUUAAGAAGGCUUUGAGUUACCCUCUGAAGUUGAUUGCUAAAAAUGCCGGUGUCAAUGGAAGUGUAGUCACUGAAAAGGUAUUGUCAAAUGAUAAUUUCAAAUUUGGUUACAAUGCUGCUACUGGUAACUACGAGGACUUGAUGGCAGCUGGGAUAAUCGAUCCCACCAAGGUGGUGAGAUGUUGCUUGGAGCAUGCAGCUUCUGUAGCCAAAACUUUCCUCACUUCCGAUGUAGUGGUCGUCGACAUCAAGGAGCCUGAGCCUGUCCCUGCAGGAAACCCAAUGGAUAACUCAGGUUAUGGCUACUAAAUAAACCGAGAAAGGAUUGAUUACGCGGAGAUCUUCUAUUUCUGCUACAAGUCAUUCAUAACAACUCGGAGUAGCUUAGGGUAAAGUCGAUGGGUACAGGGGUUCUAUUGAGAAGCAAUUCGAGCAGAGGAAAACAGUAGGUUACAUGGGAGUAGGAACUAGAAACCUCAUUGUGCCUCUAUAUUUUUUAUAUGCGGAUGCAAUUAAUUGUCAUGUCAAUUGCCUAUUUUUAUCAUGAACUCUGCCUUGACAUUUUUACGUACUAAUCGAUAUGUUCUUCAA